CCUUUCGGUGCAUAGAAGGUGAUAUAGGAAUUUCUUUUCGGACAAAAGUUUGGUGGAGAAAACAGUGUUGGGAGACUAUAGUUUAUUGCCUACAUAGUUUAUUUUCAUUCUGAAUAUGGUCAGAACUGAUGGAAAGAAGUGAACCUGCAUUAGUUCCAGAAUGGUUGAGAUGUACAGGAAAUGUUGGUGGUGGCAGCCCUUCAAGCCACCAUUUUUCAUCUUCUUCUUUGCACUCAGAUGUUUCUUCGUCCUCAGCAUGGAAUAGAUGUUCUAGAAGCAACAGUGAUAAGGAUAGUCAGCGGUCUCCUUUUCUGGAACGUAAUCAUUCAUCUAAUUGUAGGCGUAGUUCAGGAAAUAAUGGUUCUGCAAAGCAUCCAUACAGCAGUUUUAAUAGAAGUCACCGGGAUAGAAACCGUGAAAAAGAUAAAGACAGGUCCACUGUUGGGGAUUUCUGGGAUCGAGAUUCUUCUGAUCCUUUGGAGAGUAUUUUAACAAGUGUUGAAAAGAGUUCCUUGAGACGCUCUCAGUCAUUAGUGUCCAGGAGAACAGUUGAAUUGUUACCCCGUAAGUCAGAGGAAUUGAAAAAUGGCAUGAACCUGAAUCAGUAUAUUGCAAAUGGCAGUCAUCUGGGGGGAAGUAAUAUAAGCGGUGUUCAUAAGGUUGCAUUCGAAAAGGAUUUUCCUUCUCUUGGAAAUGAAGAAAAGCAGGGAGGAUCUAGUAUUGGGAGGCUAUCUUCACCUGCUCUUAGUACAGCUGUUCAGAGUCUUCCUGUAGUUAACUCAGGGUUGCUUGGUGGUGAGAAAUGGACUUCUGCCUUGGCGGAGGUGCCCUCUGUAAUUGGCAGCAACAGCAUUGGGAACUUAAGUGCUCAGCAAAGUGCUAUUGCAACUCCGUCUGCUUCUUCAACUGCAAUGGCUGGCCUUAACAUGGCUGAGGCGUUAUCACAGGCUCCACCGCGUGCACGCCUCACUCCCCAAGUACCUGAUAAGACACAGAGGUUAGAAGAAUUAGCCAUAAAGCAGUCUCGGCAACUAAUUCCUAUGACACCAUCGAUGCCCAAAGCCUUGGUUUCCAGUUCUUCAGACAAAUCAAAGCAACCAAAAGCUGCAGCAAGAGUAAAUGAGAUGGUCGUUACUCCUAGGAAUAUGCAGCAACAGCAGCAGCAACCAAUCUAUUCACCUCAACUUCCUAAUCAAUCUCGUGCUGGCCAAGUCAGGUCUGAUGCUUCAAAUGCCUCUCAUGCUGGAAAGUUUCUGGUUCUGAAGGCUGCAAAGGAGAAUGGUGCCAACUCUAAUGCUAAGGACGCUUCUAGUCCAACUAACAAUUCCAUUAGAAAGGUGGCAGUAAGCCAGAUUCCACUAUCUGCAAUAACUCCAAUUGCUCUGACAAGCCCUACUAAUCCAAAGGCUUCCACUCUUGACAAGAAGGCAGCUGCAUUGUCUCUGAAUUCGAGACCUACCGCAGAGAAGAAAUUUUCCUUGUCUCAAGCACAGAGUAGGAGUGAUUUUUUUAACCUCAUGAGGAAGAAGACCUUGCGUAAUACUUCUUCUGCCAUCUCGGAUUCAGUUUCUGUCAUUUCAUCUCCUUGUGCUGUUAAGUCUGAGGAAAAUAGUACAGAAGCUAAUAGUGCUCCAAUAAGUCCUCUUGUUAAUGAGAAUGGGAGUCAGAUGAUCACUGACGGUGAUAGUCACAGCUCUGGUGAUCAGGUGCAAAGUUUUGUGGAUGCUGGAGAGAGAAAUUUGUAUCUUAAUGGAGCACUCUAUCCAGAUGAAGAAGAGGCUGCAUUCCUUCGUUCACUUGGGUGGGAGGAAAAUGGGGAAGAUGUGGAAAUUACAGACGAGGAGAUCGUUGCCUUUUAUGAGGAGGUAACUUUGCUUCUAUUUCCAAGAUAAUGUC